UUAAGCAAAUCUUAAGAUGUAUAAUUACUUGUAAGUUUGUAUUGCAGGAGGUUGUCACUUUACCCAAAUCAAAUGAUAAAUGGACAUUGUUACAUCUCCCUCUACUUGGCAACAGCGAAAUCAAACGUUGGUUCUUUGAAUGGCCAGCGUUCUUUGAGAUUAAAGUACCAUGGUAUUAGUGGCGGGGGAGAGGUUUAUGCCACUUUUAGAUUGUUUGUAUUUGAUCAGAAACAGAAUAAGUAUUUUACCGUCGAAGAUGGUGCCGGAAAAUUAAGCCUAUUUGAUAGCGUGACAACGGAGGUGGGUUUUGCAAAAUUUCUCCCUCGCGAUACUUUCGAGCAUCCUUCUGAGGGAUACCUUCUGAAUGACUGCUGCACAUUUGGGGCGGAGGUUUUUGUUAAUACGGAUAAGAGGACGAGUUAUAGAGAAUCUCUUUCCCCGAUACACAAUUCCCUUCGCCGCACGAGCAUUUUCUGUUAUGAUUUGGUAAAGUUCUCGUCACAAUUUGGGCUGGAGCACUUAUGUCCAAAUCUGAUCAUUUUGGGAGAAAGAAAAUGGCAGCUAUGUGUUUAUCCAAAAGGAUACGGGCAAGAUAAGGACAUAUCACUAUCACUUUACUUACGAUCGGCCGACGAUUUGUACACCCUUCCCAGCGUUUAUGUAGAAUUCAACCUCCGGGUAGUGGAUCGAGCCUUUAAUUUACACCAUAUUAAACGAACAGGCAAACACUGGUUCCUGUCCUCGGACAACACUUUUGGUUGGUCAGAUUUUAUGCCAUUGCGAACCUUAAAUGACCCUUCAAAGGGGUUCCUUAGGGAUGAUAUAUUAUCUGUUGAAGUUCAAAUGCUGGUUAAGCAUGGGUCCUAAAAAUAGAUAGAUAUUUGUAUUUGAAGCCAUGUACGGAGAUGUCCCAAUUAGUGUGUCAAUUUUAUCAGUUACUUUUCAAGUUUGAA